AUGCUCCGUGAAGAGACGCCCGUCUGGAUGCUUUCGUUGCUGAUUACCUACCUCAUUAUUAUCCUUUUAGUAAUGUCAAUUUCUGCUUACAUGUGCGGACAAAGUUAUGAGCAAGAGUUCGAAACGAUCAGAAGAGUAUGAUUAGCACAUUGAGAAGUACAAGUAUUCUGCAACCGAUCCCUUUGCAGGCGUAUCCUUCGUACGAACAGAGCUUCCGAUCUCUUACCAAUUUCGCCAUUUACGAUUUGAACAUUUAUUGGGGACUACUACUGGUGUUCCUCACAAUCGGUACGUGCUCAGUCGGCUUCAUAUUCUCCUACUCCACAAAGAGAAUGUUCGAAACUCUCUCAAAACUGAGAAGGAACACAUCAGCAACAACGUACAAGAAGCAGAGAAUGGCAUUGAUCAGUCUGAUGGCCCAGUUGGCGACCGCUCUCAUCGUCAUCAUCCCUCCGUUCUUCCUUGCUCUUUUUCUAAUUGUCGAGUUCAAGUACGCACAGUGUGAGUCUACGUUGGAAAUCAUAAAAGUAUAAUAGUUAUUCAGUGGCAACGAGAACUCUUCUGGUCAUUUUCACAACGCAUUCCUCGAUCAAUGCCGUCGUGCUUGUUCUGACAACUCCGACGUUCCGAACGCUCACAUUUUUCUGGAGAGCGAGGAAGACGACGUCGAUUAA